AUGCUGCCGUGGUGGUACGUCAUCAUAGUGCUGCAGUUCUGGCCGAUGGACGCGCCGUCCUAUCUGUGGAACUACGACGAGCCGGAGCUGUGGCAGGAGACGUUCCCGCUGUGCGACUCGCCGCUGCAGUCGCCGAUCGCGCUGACUCGAGACCGGAUCGCCUACUCGCGGCCGCCCAAGCUGGUGCCCGGAGACGGUCUGGCCGAGGGUGAGGUCACGGCCAUCAACACGGGCCGGCGCAUCGAGCUGCGACUGGCGCCGGGCAACGCCAGCCAGCCGGCCAUCCAGCUGGUCUCCUACAAGAAGCCGCUGUUCGGCGUGUACACCCUAGAGACGAUCGAUCUGCACUGGGGCGACGCCGGCGGCACCCACGGCUCCGAGCACGCCAUCAACAAGGAGUUCUUCGACGGCGAGGCUCAGUUCGUCUUCUACAACAACUUCUACGAGAGCAUGGCCAAGGCGCGGCGGCAUCCGGGCGGCAUCGCCAUCGUCAGCGUGCUGCUGAGCGGGUCCUCCGCGGCAGCAGGAGAGGCCGCGUUCCCCUCUCUCGGUCUGGAGCAGCAGCUGGACGCGCUGGCGGCGCGCGGCAGCGAGGUCACCUUCGCCGCCGACCUGACGCCCGUGCACGGCCUGCUCAGCAAGGCGCUGACCCGCGUGCUGGCCUACUACGGCAGCCUGACCAGUCCGCCGUGCAACCCGGUGGCCACGUGGCUCGUGUCGGCCGAGCAGGUGGACGUCAGCGCCCACCUGCUCUACGACCUCGCCACCAAGGUGUACGAGGACAGGCAGAAGCAGAAGCGGCUGGUGAACAACUGGCGGCCUCUGCAGGACCGCAGCGGCCGACUCGUCACGCAGCUGGAGAACACCAAACCCUGA